AUGGCACCGUGGUGUUUUGCCGCGGAGAUGCCGGAGAUGUUACGUGCGGAUUUGCAGCGUCAGUUCCAGCAGUUGCUGGCCCUCGGAUGGUUGGGCCGCGCCUAUCAAUUCCUACCGCAACUGGUGACGGCCGUGCUGCCGAAGGUUUUUGACUUCGAGGCCUACGAUGCAACGAAGGCGGUGCGACAAGAGGAUGGGACGGUUGAAAUCACCUUGAAGGAAAGCAGUAUCCUGGCGCGUGGCUUACCUUUCCAUUUCAGGCUUGAGACCUCCGAUGACUCGCGGGUCACCUCUGCUUCUUUGUUGCGCAUCGGCUGCGACCUCAACGCCCUCGCAGCCGGUGAUGCGGUGGAAACGGGGCUGACGGAGGGCCAGGUGUGUGAGUGGAUCAAGGACGAGGAGAACAAGAAGGUCCUCGUCUCUGCCCUGGUCACCGCCAUCUUCGAUCGUCUCUCCCCUGUCGCCGCCGCGUUGGACGCCGACGUAUCGCUGCGCAGCACGGGGCCCAGGACGUUUUCGCCAAAAAAGGAGGUCUUCGGGCGCGAAGGGAGUUCGGAAAAGUGGCUUCAAUGCAUUUGUGGCUAUUACUUUGCAGCCGCCCAGCUGGAAGACGUUUAUUUGGAGGAGGAUCCCUCAGCGCGUUUCACCUUUUAUUUGGAUCCUUUGGAGCCUUUGAACUCGGAGGAUCCCACCAAAAAUGUGAAUCCGGAGGUGGUGUGCUGUCAAUUCCUGGAGAAAAAAAUGGGGGAGGAAUUGGGGCGCUGUGAGUUGUCGCCCUUCUUCUGCCCCGCGCCACUGGCCACCAACGCCCACCUGGUACAGCUCGACACGCAGUUCCGCCGCGGUGAUGUGGUAAACCUGGAAUGCCACACAGGUUUCACCUAUUUGGAAGGGGACCUGCAGAUCUAUUGCAACGUCAGCGAUGACCACGAUGGAGGACAGUGGAAAGUGGCUGACGGCACCGUGGCAAAGCCGGUGGUUUGCGUGCCACAGCAGGAUUUCUGCCUGCUGCCGCUGGUCAGCAAUGGCUACGUCUACAACGUCACGGAGCAGGGCACUAUGGGAAGCGUCAUCGAACUACACUGUCAAGACGGCUUUCAGGAUCCAAGAUCGCAAGUGGAACAGCGUACAGCCCUCUGUGGCGGUCUGGGACAGUUCCAAGUUGGUAUCUCGCGGGUGAGUCGUGAUUUGAUUCGCGCCACGAAUUUGGUCCAAGACGUGCUGGACGAAUUGGAAUCCUACUGGGCCAUGGACACCCGCGAGUCCGACACCAACUGGCGCGCGCUGAUGCAGUUCGAGUACCGUUGGCGUUCCGAGCUAGAACGAGGGCUAGAAGGCUUACCGGACGGCAGUGCUGUGCAGGAGGUCCUGUUUCAGAUUCCCAACUACGAUGGCGUCACAGACAAGUGGCUGGCGGUCUUUACCAUGGAGGAUGUGCGAAACCUCAAGAGGAUGUUGGAAGAGAAGCAACUGGAGAUGCUAGAUCUCGUGGAGCAGCACCACGGCAUGCAUAGCGCCAUCUCCGUUGACCUCUUUGCUGAAGCCCGUGGGAUCGGUCCCCCUUUUUACUGCGUGUUCAUCGGGUCAGCCGAUGAAGAGCAGCAAACAUCUGGCAGCCUGGGAACUUUCAAGCUGGAAUCCGUUGCCCGAUCACCUUUGAUGCAGGAGAGGCCUUCUCUAGGUACCAAAUGUCUCAGAAUCUCGAAGAGUUUGAGCCAUGCAGGGAAGCCGUUGCCGCCCAACAGCCAGUUCACCACGACCAGUCCGACGCCCGUGGCGCUUGGAGAGGAAAUCUCCAUGGAGUGUCAUCCGCACUACGUCUAUGACCUGGGUCUUCAGACACUGAUGUGUGGAAACUCCAUCAACGGAAGCUCCCAAUGGCUCGCGCCUGACGGCAGUCAAGCGCGGCCUGAGAUUAGUUGUACCUUGAACCGUUCCUGGUGUCCGGAGCUUCCGAGCCUGAUAAACCACGCCGCGGUGGUGUCGAUGAUGCCGUUGCACCGGGCCGUGGACACGGAGGUGCGCUUCGCCUGUCGUCGUGGAUUUCAAGCGACCGCUGGCCAUGCCUUCGGGCGAUGUUCGGUGGACGGCUGGUGCUCCAUGGCAGAUCCGUCCGAUCCGACGUGCGUCACACCUCCGGAUUGGCUCCGAUGCGAAGCGAUUCCCGCCUAUUGCCCUCCCUGGUCGGGCUACAACUUCUCGGAACCUUACAACAGCAGCAGCGCCCCCAAGGUGGUUCGCGUGGUGGAUCCCCUGGCGCACGUCUUUUUGCGGGAAGUGCGACAGCUGCCGUUGCCCUCGGGCCUUCUGGGCGACGUGGUCACCGUGACUUGUCCUUCGGAGUUCAGCCGCGCCAGCGGCGACACGCGCUUCCGCUGCGGCCAUGGCUUGAAUGGCGGGCAAUGGCAACGAGAGGUCGCGUCAGUGCCGCAGUACAAUGACAACAGUACGCCUGAUGCCAUACUCCACUUGGUGGACGAAGCAACAGCGGAGCCCUUGGUCUGCGAGCUGGAGACGAUGAAAGGUGUCCGGCGGAAGUACUACGACCGACUCCCGGGCCUCUUCCGAAACCACAGCGACAGCGCGGGCUACGAUGUGGUGCCCUAUAUCAAUCAGUUCCAAUCGCCCUACGACGCGGCGCAGUUUGAGGCCUAUUUACGGCCCAAGUUGGCUGGGAACUACACGUUGAGUAUCGAGGUCUUGGGUUCCUUCGUCCUCACCUGGGAAAAGGAGAUCCUCCUGGCCGGGCGCUCACAAGGCCUCUUCCCUGAACUCUUCAACACCUCCGAGCUGGAACUCAGUAGCGAUCAGUUCUACUUCUUCCAUCUGGAGUAUUGGGCGGAUCCACUGCUGCCCGAACGCACGGAUCAAGAGAUGAUCACCUUCCCCAGGAGGAUUCGCUUUCUCUGGAGCGGUCCAGCAGGGGAGAUGCAACCAGUGCCAUAUACCGAGCUGUAUCAUAGCUUCGAUGAAGUCUACGGCUAUCCGAUCACUCUGCGUGGCAUCAAUGACCCCGCACCCUGCGAUUCUCAGAAUACGGUGUCCAUAACAGGUCUGUUGGAGGGUGACAACGGAACCAUCAUCGAUGGAUCCAUCGGUUACAACUACAACGAGGACCUGACCUGCGACUGGAUGUUGGAAGCCACCGGCAACGUGCGCUUCACCAUCUUUGCCAACUUCUUCGAUGUGGUGGGAACCACCAACUGCGGAGGCGAUCGCCUGGAGUUCUACGUCGCAGCGGGGAACGCCUU